UCGUCUCCAAGGCAACUGGGUUCAACAGUUCCAGCCCUGCCCGCGUCUGGAGGUCUACCGGCGCCCACCCGCCGGCAUGUGCGCUGCGGAGGUGGACCGCCACGUAGCCCAGCGAUACCUGCUCAAGCGGCGGCUGGGGAAGGGGGCCUAUGGCAUCGUGUGGAAGGCAGUGGAUAGGAGGACUGGCGAGGUCGUGGCCAUCAAGAAGAUCUUCGAUGCCUUUAGAGAUAAGACGGAUGCCCAGAGAACGUUCCGGGAAAUUAUGCUGCUCCAGGAACUUGGGGACCAUCCCAACAUCAUCCGCCUCCUGGAUGUGAUCCAGGCGGAGAAUGACAGGGACAUUUACCUGGUGUUUGAGUCUAUGGGCCCCCAGGCUGACCCACACGCUCCCCCAGACACUGACCUGAACGCCGUCAUCUGUAAGGGCAGGCUGCUGAAAGACAUCCACAAGCGCUACAUCAUCUACCAGCUCCUACGGGCCACCAAGUUCAUCCACUCAGGACGCGUCAUCCACCGGGACCAGAAGCCUUCCAACAUCCUCCUGGACUCCAGCUGCUUGGUGAAGCUCUGCGACUUUGGUCUUGCCCGCUCCCUCAGCGGCCUCCCUGAGGGGCCUGAGGGCCAGGCCCUGACAGAUUACGUGGCCACACGCUGGUACCGGGCUCCUGAGGUGCUGCUGUCCUCAAGCUGGUACACCCCUGGGGUGGACAUGUGGAGUCUGGGCUGCAUCCUGGGGGAGAUGCUUCGGGGGAGGCCCCUGUUCCCUGGCACCUCCACACUGCACCAGCUGGAGCUGAUCCUGGAGACCAUCCCACCGCCGUCCAAGGAGGACCUCCUGGCUCUUGGCUCAAGCUACAGUGCCUCUAUCCUGCCCUGCCUGGGGUCCCGGCCACGGCAGACGCUGGACACCCUCCUGCCGCCAGACACACCCCCGGAGGCGUUGGAUCUCCUCAGGGGACUCCUGGUAUUUAGCCCGGAGAAGCGGCUUAGCGCAGCCCAGGCACUGCAGCACCCCUACGUGCAGAGGUUCCACUGCCCGGCUCGUGAGUGGACACUGGAUUCGGCUGUGCGGCUCCCGGUGCUCGAAGGAGUUCAGCUCUCAGCCCCCGAGUAUCGCAGCCGCGUCUAUCAGGUGCUCUGGCCGCGACCACCACCGUCCCCCAACCACGCUCACCCUCAAGGCCGUCCCCUGCCUCAGCGACCCCCAGAACCCUUUACACCCGCGCCGUGCUCCUCUGAGCGCCCCUCCCUUCCCGCAGAUGAUCCUGGAGCGCAGGGGCAACAGCAGCAUCCCCAGAGAGAAGGGCCUGGGGGGCACACCCGCGGGGGCAGAGCCCAGUGCCCCCCGGCCCCAGGCGCACCUGCUCAAUCCCAGAGCCGUCCCUCAGCUGCCCCAGGGCUCCCCCACGCAGAACCCCGGACGCAGACGUCAGAGCAGCCCGGGUCACCAGUCCGCGCACGACAUUGCCUGCGGAGCCAAGAACCUUCCGCGGCGGAACUCGGCCCCCCUGCUCCAGCCUCCGCCCCCAGGAGGUCCCGGGAGAGGGGAGAGGCCCCCUGGGGCGACGGCGGAGGCCCCCUCGGCACCCUCGUGGGUGAAGCCCAGCGGGAAGGGGGCGGCGCCCUCCCUGGCCUCGCAGGCCGCCGCCCAGGUGGCCAUCCAGGCCCUAAUCCGGAGCGACUGGAAUCCGGGCCGUGGGGUGAGGGCGACCGGCGCGCGACGGUGAGGUGCUCCCUCUGAGGCCACACCACCCCUUGCCUGGAGUCCACCCCCUUCGGAGGACCCCCAUGUCUAGUACAGAGCCCAUGAGAAGCUGCGAGGACACCUGCUGUCCCUGGGUGGAUCCUGUCUGCCUGGAGGCUCUCCACUGCUCUCCCUGGAGGCUCACAGUGCCUGUGACUGGCCUGGGGGGCUCCUCGGGACCAGCUUCCCCUCCUCUCUCCACAAAUGCUCUGGGGCCUGCCUGGUGUCAGAACACUAUCAGAGGGACAAGGCUACCCCAGGGUGCUCUGGGAGUGGGGGGGCAGGGACUUGUGCACCUGCUGCCUCAGUGCAAGCCAUCACCUGAGGGCAUUUGUGACCCUGAGCCAGAGUUAACGUGGAAGAGAGGACAGGGCAGUGCCCCAGGGUACAGCCCCUGACUGUGAUCCUUGUGCUCUGGG